GGACUUGACUAUUAAAGCUGACUCCAGAAGCCUGGCUGCUGUGGUGAGCACUUGCUUGAAGCAGCAGUAAAGGGUCCUUUUUAGAGUAAGGGAGAUGGCAGCGCAGUGGGCCGUGCUGGGGCUGUUGGCUGCCUGCGUGGCCACUGCUGCGAAGGAAUCUGUGCUCAACAUGUGCAUGGACGCCAAGCACCACAAAACCAAGCCAGGCCCGGAGGGGGCGCUGCAUGGCCAGUGCGCCCUGUGGAAAGACAACGCCUGCUGCACGGCCGAGACCAGCACGGGGGCUCACCAGGACCAGUCCUACCUGUACAACUUCAACUGGAACCACUGCGGGGUGAUGCCAGAGAUGUGCAAGCGGCACUUCAUCCAGGACACGUGUCUGUACGAGUGCUCGCCCAACCUGGGGCCUUGGAUCGACCAGGCGGAUACCAGCUGGCGCCGGGAGAGGAUCAUCAACGUGCCGCUGUGCAAGGAGGACUGCGAGCUGUGGUGGGAGGCCUGCAAGGACGCCGUCACCUGCAAAGAGAACUGGCACAAGGGCUGGAACUGGACCUCAGGGACCAACCGGUGCCCCCGUGGCUUCACAUGCCAACCAUUCAAAUACGUCUUCCCCCGGCCGGCGGACCUGUGCGAGAAGAUCUGGUCCAACUCGUACAAAUACACCACGGAGCACUGGGGCAGCGGGCGCUGCAUCCAGAUGUGGUUCGACCCUGCCAAAGGGAACCCCAACGUGGCUGUGGCCAAGUACUACGCCCAGAACGGGAGAGACGCCUCUCCUGUGCCGCGGGCUGUCCUGCUGCUGCUGCUGCCGGCUGCUCUCCUGGCCCUGUUCUGAGCAUCCAGAAGCCUCUGGCAGCUCCACUGGCUUAUACAGGGAAUAUUUCCGCUCGGGGCACAGGGUGUGUUUGCCCUGUUUUGGGCUCUGGCCAGCAGAUUCAGGAUUCUGUCUGGCUACUGCUAACCCUGACAAG